CUUGACCCGACUUUCCAAAGCCUCGUUUUUGACUGCACCACAAUUUGUGUCCAUCCUUUCAACGACUCUUUUGCCCUAAUCCCUAACCAUGCGUGAAAUCGUCCACAUCCAGACCGGCCAGUGCGGUAACCAAAUUGGUGCUAAGUUCUGGGAGGUGGUUUCUGAUGAGCAUGGCAUUGAGCGGGAUGGUCUCUACAAGGGAACCAAUGAUAUGCAACUCGAGCGUAUCUCGGUUUACUACAAUGAAAUCGGGUCAAACAAAUACGUUCCUCGUGCAGUUUUGGUUGAUCUUGAGCCAGGAACCAUGGACUCUGUCCGCUCGGGGCCUCUAGGUGGUCUCUUCCGUCCUGACAACUUCAUCUUUGGACAGAGUGGUGCUGGUAACAACUGGGCCAAAGGACACUACACGGAGGGUGCGGAGUUGGUCGACUCCGUUCUUGACGUUGUUCGCAAGGAGGCUGAGGGCACUGAUUGCCUACAGGGUUUCCAGAUCACCCACUCACUCGGUGGUGGAACUGGUGCUGGUAUGGGAACACUCUUGAUGUCCAAGAUCAGAGAAGAGUACCCCGAUCGGAUGAUGUGCACAUACUCUGUCGUGCCUAGUCCCGCCGUCUCGGACACGGUUGUUGAGCCUUAUAAUGCAACACUCUCUGUUCACCAACUUGUAGAGAAUUCAGACGAGACUUUCUGUAUCGAUAACGAGGCCCUUUACGACAUUUGCUUCAGAACGCUCAAGCUCUCCACGCCCACUUAUGGCGACCUGAACCACCUCGUUUCCUUUGUCAUGUCCGGUAUCACUACUUGCUUACGUUUCCCUGGUCAACUCAACUCUGACCUGCGUAAACUUGCUGUCAACAUGGUUCCUUUCCCCCGUCUCCACUUCUUCAUGACCGGAUUCGCUCCAUUAACCGCCCGCGGUAGUCAGCAGUACCGCGCUGUCACUGUCCCCGAGCUUACUCAACAAAUGUUCGAUGCAAAGAACAUGAUGGCUGCGUCAGACCCAAGACAUGGUCGCUACCUCACCGUUGCCGCUGUGUUCCGUGGUAAAGUAUCGAUGAAGGAGGUCGAGGAACAGAUGCAGAACGUUCAGAACAAGAACUCUGCGUAUUUCGUGGAGUGGAUUCCUAACAAUGUGCUUUCUGCACAAUGUGACAUCCCUCCCCGCGGAGUUAAGAUGGCGGUUACUUUCUUGGGUAACUCGACAGCUAUUCAAGAACUGUUCAAGCGUGUCAGCGACCACUUCACUGCUAUGUUCAAGCGCAAGGCCUUCUUGCAUUGGUACACGCAAGAAGGUAUGGAUGAAAUGGAGUUCACCGAGGCCGAGUCAAACAUGCAGGACUUGAUCGCUGAAUACCAACAAUACCAAGACGCAACAGUCGAGGAAGAGGCCGAGUACGAGGAGGAGGUUCCCGUCGAUGAUGAGCCGUAGAUCAAAAUCAUGGUGACCCACUGUUACGAUUCCUACGUCACCUAUGUUCCCCUUCACGACCAAAACUUAGGUAUUCCUCUAUUGGUGUUCUCUUGGGCAGAUGCCUCGUUCCUUUUGUUAAUUUCACUUUAUCGCUACCCUAGCCAGCAUCGCGUUCAUCUCAUUUUUCUUUUCUGUCGUCCACCGCCGGAGCAAUACAUUUCAUCGGAAACUGAAGUAUACCCUUAUCAGUUGGUGAUCAGUGUAACUUGCCAGAGUGCCAUGAGAGUCUUGGCUCUUGGCUCUCGUUCAACGUAGGUCAACUGUUCCCACUGUUAGGUCUGCAAUCCACAAAGGGCCGUCGAAACCUCUUUUUUUUCAAA